AUGAUGAAGAAGGUACCCAAGACGGAGAAGGUGCGAAGAUCAGAGCAGCAGGCAGCAGACACAGCAGCACGCGGCGCUGCAGAGCCAGCUGAGGGGCCCGCCCCCGCAGCAGUAGCUGGCCUCGCCAAGCAGCAGCACCAGCAGCAGUGCCAGCACCAGCACCAGCACCAGCAGCGCGGCGACUGCGCGCCAACGGCUCCGAGUUUUCGAGCCCUGGGGUGGCGAGGGGUACGCUCGGUGCUGUCAAGUUGGGAAGAGGGGGACGUGGCAUACCGCUUCUACUGGUGGUGCCACCGCCGCUGCGCGGUGAAGCGACGCUUUCUACUGGUGCGACGGUGCGUAGUGCUGUAG